UAGUCGACAACUAAGCUACUUACUCUUCAUCCAUCAUUAUUAAAAGUCUUGAAAGUACUAUGUUAUUCCCCACGGAGAUAACCUUUUAACACCAAAUGCAUACAAUAUGCUAUAUAAGGACUUGCAAAAAUAAAAUCAUACAGUAAUAAAGCCAACAAUGUUGAAACACAUCAUUUUCUUAAUCGUCCAACUGUAUUUCAUCCAAAAUGCGUUUGGAAUUGAGUGUUAUACAACAGACCCUGCCAUUUUUCUACAUCGGCCAGUUAAUGUUGAAAGCUACACCCAUAAACUAACAAACUGUGACGACUUUUUCGCCCAAAUGGCACGAGUAACUCAGCAAGCACAAGCAAGACUUACACGGAGCGCUGGCUAUGAUUGUAUAACAGUAAUCGUAAAUACAGAAAAAAAAUUGGUGGUAAAGGGAUGUGUCCCCAGUGGUAUCGCUAGGUGCAAAAGCGCAAACGCGAUUCUUAACGAAGGUGACUGCAUGGUUUGUAGUAGUGACGGAUGUAACAAAGGAAAUCCACUGAAGGCAUAAAAGACGUUUACUUUAUGCAUAGCUUCGACUGUUUCGUAGGUUAUAAUCACAUAAUGUAUAAAAUAAAAAAACAAAUUAUAUUGACGCCGUAAUAAAUGUACAGUUAAUGCAUACAAA